AUGGCUCAUUAUGUUAUCGAUCAAUCCAAGACUGAGAUCAGGAAUUUGGAACGCGUAUUUGCCAGAACACUGCAAGACACGGUGCAUUCCAUCAUAAAGUAUGCGAAAGAAGUGAACCAGUUGUGAAAAAAAUGUACUUACCUGAAAUCACUCCCGUAUACUUUGAAUACACCAUACAUCACAAAGAUACACAAUGUAUUUAAUGUUAAUAUAGUGAUGUCUAUGCUGGAUUUUUUGCCAGUGUUCCGGCAUUGAAGGAGGGACAUCACCUUACUCCGUUCCUAUACUACCUAGCCAGCGGUAGAAGGGCAGACCAGGGAGCUUCCAUAGCAACCACGGUGCUUGUGCUGUGGUUGCUAUGGUUGGAGAGCAGAAGGACCUCUUGUGGGAGAUAUUUCCUUGCUACGUUGCGUCAUUGGCUGACAGCUGGGAGAAAAUACUAUCUUUAAAUAUGUUUUUCUCCUAAUCUAUACAUUUGCCCAUAAAGCUGCUAGCACGAAGCGCGGAUAGAAUUAUAUGAUCAAUCUAAUGAGCGCCAGUUGUUUGGAACAUGACAGGUCCUCUUUCACAUAUAUUUUAGCAGAGACUAGAGCCUGGGACCAUUGUCAUUCAGUUUACAUUACAGAGAGGUGCUGUGUUAGUUUGUUCAGUGAUAUAAAUCUUACCCCACAUUAUAAGGAGGAAAUAUAUUAAAAAAAAAACUCAUACAAGGACAUAGAAAUAUUAGUAUAUGCAUUUAAGUGCCCUUAGAAAAAAAGAAACGAAAGAAGAAAAAAAAACAUAUUUAACAGUGGUCUGUGGACAGGGGGGAUGGGUCUGUGAGGAAUCACAUUACACUUUGACAUCACAAGUUCUCAUUCAAACAGGAGACAGUAUAAAGGGUAUUGGGAAAGCAAUCUCUCCCACUGCAGAGCUUGCAACCCUUCAAAACAUCACUGGCAGCCAGCACACCUCCUGUCUCAAACACACAUCACUGGCAGCCACCACAGCUCCUGGCUUACAGACACACCACUGACAGUCAGCACUGCUCCUGUCUCACAGACACACCACUAGCAGCCAGCACAGCUCCUUGCUCACAGACACAUCACUGGCAGCCAGCACAGCUCCUGUCUCACAGACACAUCACUGGCAGCCAGCACAGCUCCUGUCUCACAGACACAUCACUGACAGCCAGCACUGCUCCUGGCUCACAGACACAUCACUGGCAGCCAGCACUGCUCCUGUCUCACAGACACAUCACUGACAGCCAGCAGAACCCCUGUCUCACAGACACAUCACUGACAGCCAGCAGAACCCCUGUCUCACAGACACAUCACUGGCAGUCAGCAGAACCCCUGUCUCACAGACGCAUCACUGUCAGCCAGCACUGCGCCUGUCUCACAGACAGAACCACUUACUGGAAAUCCCUCAGCUGGGGAGUUGCUGGAGGUAAGUCCCAAAUCAUGACUGUAAUGGAGAAACGGGUCAGUAUGUUUUAGUUCUUGCAGUACUGGAAACAUUAUUAACCACUCAGAACUUGUUACUGGAAGGGAAACAUUAUUAACAGGCUAAACAGUAAAUGUCAUUCUAGAAUUGCUCCUAUUUGUAAUACUCCUGCUAUACGCACUGAUACUUCCAUCCACUCAGUGUAAACCAUGAGAGUAAAUGAACUCCUAUUAUAUUCGUUUAUACAGCACAUGCCACGGUCACUGGGAGCUGUGCAUUAUACAGGGGUAUUCAGUUACCUCCAUUUGUUAAAACACUACAACUCUCAUCAAUCUCGGCAAGCCAUCAGCAUAAGCAACUGGUAGAGCUUUCCUCGCUGCUGGGGGUUAGUGAAAUAACCCCCUCCCCCCUGGGGGUUAGUGAAAUAACCCCCUCCCCCCUCCCCCCUUAAGAUAUGACACAAAUGCCCAGACUGAUCCAGAGGUCUGCCUGGCUCCCUGCAUUACAUUGAUUGCAGUAUGGCAUGGUCUGUAUGAUCUUUUACAUUUAUAAAACUUUUACUCUUUGUAAACAUUAAGGGAAAUCUCUCUACCCCAAGGAGUGUAAUAAUUAGAAUUUAAUAGACCAAUUUGUCUAAAAAUGUAUCAAUCUAAUGUAUUUCUCCAUGGUGUUAACAUAUUGAUCAGAGCAUUCUAGUGUAAUGAAAGGGUUAAGGAAUCAUUUGAUUUAUGUGAUAAACAAAUACAUUGUUUACUGGUGGUUAACUGGUGGUUAACCGUGUGAAUGCUCUGGUGAUGGGCUGUGAUGCUGUGGGUUCUCUCUCUCUCUCUCUCUCUCUCUCUCUCUCUCUCUCUCUCUCUCUCCUGCAGACACUGAGAGCUGUAUUUUGGGAGUUAUUCUAGAAUUCUGGGUGUAUAGUCACAUAUAUUAUGCCAUGUUAUUAUGGGUUAUAUUUGGACAUCAUACUGUAACAGGAAGCCAUUGGCUCCAUUUACCAAGGCAGUGUGGUUAGUAAAUGACUAGCUUGCAAAAUUGAGACUAAAAUAGAGGGUUUGGAGAACAAAUUUAUAAUUCAGCAGAGUUGGAUCGUUUUAUAAUUAUAUAUUUUAUAAUUUAGCAGGAUUUAAUUAUUUUAUAAUUCUAUAUAAUUCAGCAGAGUUGGAUAAUGUUUUGCAGUUUUCUGUUUUGACAUGUGCUGUUUAGUUGAUAAACCCCUCAGUUAAAGUGCCAUACACACAGGGAUUGUCACUCACUCCAGCUGUGAGUGUGGGUAAAAGGUAGAAUAAGGAGUGAAACCCCCUCUGCUACUGUGAGAUCCUAAUGUAAUCCAGAGAGAGGUGUGAAGGGAUAAAGUCUCUGGAUCAGAUAAAGCAUUUAAUUGAGUUAUCCUUUCACAGAUCUGGCCAGUGAUACAGUGUAUAAGAGUGACAGGACUCUAAUUCAAGGUAGACCCCAGACGUUGCAGAACUACAACACGAACUGCUUUGCCAUUUUUGCUAGAUAGCCCUCUCCAGAAAAGUAAGAGAAGUUGAAUCUAGACAGACAAGAGCUUGAUCUUUCUCUGUAACAGCUUGUAUUGCUUCUGUAUGUUUAUAUAGAACUUUCAAUUAGAACCAGAUUGUUUUCGCCUUCUGACUGUCCAUCAUGUUAAAUAUUUCUUCUGUUCCAUAUAGAUCUCUUUAUUUAUUUUUUAAACACUAAAAGCACAGUUAACAAUCUACACCGGUAAUUGCCCUACACAUCAAAUGUCCAUUCCAUUUUAUUCUAUACAUAGGCUCCCAAUGUUAUUCAACGUUUUAUUUUUAUAUUAUUCAAUGUACGCUGCCUUUGCUAUGCUAAGAAUUUCCUGGUUCUAUAGGCAGACGUCCUUAGUCUGGAGACGGAGGCUGCCAAUUUGGGAUUUUAUUUUUCCACUCCAGAUCUCGUUUUCAUUCUAAUAAACUCUAGUGACUGUUGCCAAACACAGCACAGGGCUGCUGAAUUGAGCUUUGAGAAUGUCACUGUGCAUGCGCCGAGCUCGUUAGUCAAAAUCUGUGAAAUUGCCUCCACUUUUUUUUUUCUUUUAAGACAAAGUAGCCUUUUUGGAUGAAUUGAUGUGCAAAAACAACCUGUGCUCUGCAAUAAUUAUGGUCAAGUCAAUCUUCUGAGUGUAAAUAAAUAUAAUAAUCAGACCAUCUUAAAGGCAAACAGUGCGAAUUCCUCUGUGAUAACACACAGUGGGCUGAAGCACAUCUUGGGGGGAGGGGGUUACUCUUAGGAGAAAUAAUUUCUCUCUAUUUUUAUUGUACUAUAGGUUUAUUCAACUACACUUUGAAUUUUAGUGCACAUUUUAGGCAAACAUAGACACAUCUGACUAAAGCAGUGUUGGUGAAAAUGUACACAUUAGAUGUUUUUGGUUACAUUUUGCCAUUUGAUUGGAUGCCACUGGCGUGAUACUAAAAGGUUCUAGCUGUUUAAAUGUGCAUAGGGAUUGGGAUAGUGUACAGGUAACAUUUUUGGUUUUACGCAAAAGUUUGCAAUUUAGCUGCAGUUCCGCAUUUUAUUUAUUCCUUUCUUACUAGUGUAAUCAGACAUUUGAUGCAAAAGUCAGAUAUCUCAUGACUUCCUGUAUGUGUCCCUUGAACAAUGAGUGAAUCAUAGACAAACUGUGACAUACAUACAGGGCACCAUAGAACGAUAGGUAAGUAUGUUUCUUCUUACUUCCUCUGCAUAUCUUACCCCAAGAGUUCCAGGCUAACUAAUGUCAAUUCUGUGCUAAUGUGUGCCAUGUAUUGCUGUUAGCCAAUGAAUGGCAAUUGGAUCAGCUCUUCAGAACCCGGACGUGCGUCAGCAGACACUAGGAGCCGGGGAGCCCAGUGAUUGCUAAAAGGUUUGCCCCAGGGAAUCGGACCAAGGUACUCCUGGCAUCAUAAUCACUACGGCAGACUGUAAUGGUUCUUAUCCCUGGAGUGACCCUUCCAAGAUUUACGAUUAUUCCCCUUUUCUUAUUUUUGCAAGUAACCUUUACUUAAUAGUAAGGAAACCAAUUAGAAUUGCCACACUCUUCCUAUGAAAAGGUAACAAUUAAAGUUUAUUAUUUUUCAUUUAUUUAUAAUUAAUGCAUUUAUAGAAACAUAAAGUGUGACAGCAUUAACACAUCGAUUUAUUUAUUUUGCAUUUAACACUCUAAAAUUGCCCUACAGUCACUUAGAAAAUGUAAGCAAAGCAUUCCUCAGUUGGUUAUGGAAUCUUCACGGCGCUCACCAUAUUGAGUUACUGCACGUAGCUGGUGAGCCUGUCCUCCUGCUUCACGGUUCUAAGUGACAGGAGAUUUAUCCGUACUCUAGAAGAGUCACUUCCAAUCCCAAGGUCAAUAAAUAAUUAAAUAAGACAUGUCAUCUGGCAAUAGCAUUCCUAGUAUUCAACUACAUCAUUAGUUAACGGAGAACAAAUGUCAGUUAUAUUGGGAAACCAGGAAGGAAUUCAUGUCAAAGACUGCAGAAGGAAGGUGUGAGUGCCGUACCAUUUUAGACCACGCUGGUAUGCAUCUCAACAAAAGUAGAAAUAAAACUGGAUGUGUAGAUGGAAGUCUUCUGCGCUGUGGUAUGGUCAGUAAUUAGAACUUAAAAAAAAAAUGACUUUAAAAAGGAGUAUCGGAAAGGGACUAUAGUCACUAGACCAACUACAGCUUAAUGUAGUUGUUAUGGUGUCAGUAACCUGUCCCUGCAGGAUUUUCAAUGUAAACACUGCCUUUUCAGAGAAAAGACAGUGUUUACAAUGCAGCCUAGUAACACCUUCACUGACAGUCACUCAGACAUUCACUUGAGUUCUUGUCUAGUCCAGUGCUGCACAGUGUGCAGUACUGACGCCAGUGUCUCCACGCUUUGCACCUCUAUUAGGAAAUGCUGAUUGGUGCAUCACAUAAUUUUGCCGAACAAUAGCCUUCCUAAGCUUUCCAAUGGGAAAGCAAUUAAUUGUUUGUGUGGACGGAGCCAACCACGACGGACCCAUGCGGCACUGGAAGAAAGGCAAAUAAAAUAACCUUUUACUUUUCGAACAGGGAGGCUAAAUAUGUUUUUAUAACUAUAAUAACAUGUUUGUUGUCCUGUCACUAAAGUGUUCAUUUAAAUGUUGAACAACGCACGUGUUGUUAAAGUACCAUUCAUAACAGGUCAUUGCAGAUUUAUUUUAGUAGUUUAUGCUAUUCUUAGGUGUUUAAAAGCUAAAUAAAUAUUGUAUGCACAGUAGCGGAAAUAAAAGAGCUGUUUCUGUUUGUAUUUUAGAGACAUGGAACUGGCCACAUGAUUUAUUGGGACCAAAAAAAUGCAAAAAUCCAAGCUAUGACCGUGCAAGUGAUGGAGUUAAGCUGUGUGGUCAAGGACAACUCAUGAAAAUGUCUAAAUAUGUCACGUGGCUUUCUCCUGAACUGUUCAUCCUGCUUAUUGUUUCUCUUCUACAAAUACUUCCGGGAUUGGCAUUACCAAGUGCCCCAGACUACCUCCAACGUGGAUGGCAAAGACUAUUGGAAGAAGGGGAGAACUGCGCAGACUGUAAUCCGGAAGAGUGUCCAGUUCCCCGAGGUUGUCUUGCUGGGAUGGUGCGAGACACUUGUGACUGUUGCUUAGAAUGCGCAAAUUUAGAAGGACAGAUAUGUGACUUGGAUAAUACCAAUCACUUCUACGGGAAAUGUGGGAACAAUUUGGAAUGUAAGCUAGACAUGGGGGACCUUAGCCAUGGGGAAGUCCCAGAACCUCAGUGUGCCUGCUUAUCUAACACAGCUGUCUGUGGAUCCGAUGGGAAGACGUAUCUCCAGCUGUGUAAAUUUAACGAGAUGGCCAAUGCACAACCAGACGCCAAUCUUACAGUUGUUCAUGACGGACCCUGUGAAUCAGGUACAGUAAACAUUAACAGUGACAUGGUGAAGAUACAGUCAGUUCCUUACUAAAUCAACAGGAAGAAGCAACAAGUACUAACAAAAGGCUUCUUUUAACAAUUCCGAUUUUUACCUUUAGUUUUCAAACGAUGGCUUGUAUUCUCAGUUUGUUCAGAAAUAUUUAGAACCGGAUCUCAGCUGGUUAUAUAAGACAAAUGUAAAGCAACAAGUGACCUUUAGCACAGCGUAUCCUGGAAAAGUUCACAAAAGAGCAAGUGAUUUGUCUUAGUUAGAUAAUGAUGGCCAGGCUGUCAGUGUCAAUAUAAAUUCAAUAAGCCAAAUGUUUUAUAAAUAGUGUAAAUGAAAUAAUGUAGUAAAGUAAAUAUUCUAUCAAAAUGUGUAACACUGAGGCUUCAUACUAUCAGAUACAACCAGUACACAUUUGCAGCCACAAAAUACCACCGUAGUUUCAAAGGUUCUCAUUAAUAAUAAUGAUAAUAAUGCUCACAUGUUUAAAGAAUGUUUCAGAGCAUUACUGGGAGCACUGUCAGGUCACCCUCUGAUCUCUAGGUCUAACAUAGCUACAUGUUAUAUGUCCAUGCCAACAAACUGGAGGUAUAGGUCACAGUCAUACAAUGACAUCUUCUCCCAUAGAUUUUCUGAUAAUGUGGCUUUUACAGUCUAUCAGUGAAUUCUUAUUUUGUUAUGAGAGAUUGUCUUUAAGAAGGUUGUGCUGAAGUUUGAGGACAGAGCACUCCGCUACGUAAUCAUUUAUAUCAUUUCAUUUCUAAACCCACAACAUAUUUUGCAGUACACAACUAAUUAUUCCGUUGAUACUGUUCUAGCGUCAUAUUAUAAGGCUUGUUGAUCAAGAAUCAGAUUAAUGUAUUUAUGAUUAUAUCAUAAAGAAGUGGGUGUGUUCAGUUACCCCAAGCAUACCAUUUACUGCUGAACUCAUCCUUUAAUAGAAAUACUCAGAAUUAGUGCUGGGCAAAAACUUCUAUACGCAUAUAUUUUAGAAAUAGUUUUUGAUGGGCGUCUGGUUUUAUAAAAUAUAUUUUAUUGCCUGGAGGGAUAGGUGCGGGAGAAUCAGUGCCCACAGGCACCAGAAAUUUAAAUUCAACUCUAAGUCUACAGAUUCUAACUUGAUACAUUGCGGCUGUUGGUAAUGUAAUAGCUAGAAAACUGUCUACAUCGAUUCCAUCAGCUUCUGCAACUGAAUGAAAACAUCAUGUCGAGAAUUCCAACAAGCAGACAAUGCCAUUUGUCAUAUUUUUUUCUACCUUUUUGACUUUUUUUUUUUUUAAUAUUUAGCCAACCCUCCACUCUUGAAACUCAGCAUUGUUGACCCUGAGUGGAAAAGUUGAUUUAUAUUAAUAAUGAGUCAUUUUUAUAGUUUUUUAUCCCUGUGGGGUUUAUGAAAAGAAAGCAUAGAGAUCAUUUAAGGGACAGAACAAGUUGUAAAUCCUUGACAGAUUGAUGUGAACUGAGUGUUUUUUUGAGGGAUUCGGUAAGUCUUGUGCCUUUUUUAAUGUCUCCAGCGGUGGCUUGUCAUUGGUUAAAUCUUUAACAUCUUUACCAUCCCUUAAAAAAUAAUUAUUAAAUGGAGGAGAAUGGGGGUUGAAUAUGGUGACUGGCAAUAAAAUCACAAAACAGUUUUUGCUGUAUUUUUGCACGCCAAGUUUAAUAUAAUCGCAGACCAAAGCGUUAAAAUAAAAGAGGCCUUAGCAUUAUGAAAUAUCCGCAUCACUUACGGAUGAAACCUAGCAGUUGUGAGAAGAGGUAAGGGUUAAAAACCCUCCUUUUAGUUUUCUAUCUUUUUGUUGUUGUUUUUAAAUCACUUGCAGAUGUAGAAUUGGGAAUACAUGCCAUAUCAACUAGGUCGGCCUUUCACUGGAGUUAAAAGUGUCAGAAUUUGGCAAUUCUCAAGAGCCAUUCAGUUACAUCUGACUUGUAGAUCUAAACAAAUAAAUUAUCUAGGGACACGUAACAGAAUGCUCUUGUACAUAGUCCGAGCCCUGCUCAACCUCUCGGAAUGUUUGGAUAAUGCAGAAGAACAACAUGUUCACUUUCUUGAAUGAUUUAUUCUAACUAAAUAUUUUUACUGGUUAUUUUCAAUCGGUAAAUGAGAUUGUGCUGUAGUUACAUAAAGUAACAGAGAACAAUGAAAUGUUCUACUAUAAUUGCUGAUCUACAACUCACACAAUGCACAGACAAAGCUACAAGAUGAUCUACAACUCCCACAAUGCACAGACAAAGCUACGAGCUGAUCUGCAACUCACACAAUGCACAGACAAAGACACAAGCUGAUCUACAACUCACACAAUGCACAGACAAAGCUACAAGCUGAUCUACAACUCACACAAUGCACAGACAAAGCUACGAGCUGAUCUACAACUCCCACAAUGCACAGACAAAGCUACAAGCUGAUCUACAACUCCACAAUGCACAGACAAAGCUACAAGAUGAUCUACAACUCCCACAAUGCACAGACAAAGCUACGAGCUGAUCUACAACUCCCACAAUGCACAGACAAAGCUACAAGAUGAUCUACAACUCCCACAAUGCACAGACAAAGCUACGAGCUGAUCUACAACUCACACAAUGCACAGACAAAGCUACGAGCUGAUCUACAACUCACACAAUGCACAGACAAAGCUACAAGCUGAUCUCCAAUUUACACAAUGCACAGACAAAGCUAGAGCUGAUCUACAACUCACACAAUGCACAGACAAAGCUAGAGUUGAGCUACAACUCCCACAAUGCACAGACAAAGCUACGAGCUGAUCUACAACUCACACAAUGCACAGACAAAGACACAAGCUGAUCUACAACUCACACAAUGCACAGACAAAGCUACAAGCUGAUCUCCAAUUUACACAAUGCACAGACAAAGCUAGAGCUGAUCUACAACUCACACAAUGCACAGACAAAGCUAGAGUUGAGCUACAACUCACACAAUGCACAGACAAAGCUACAAGCUGAUCUACAACUCACACAAUGCACAGACACAGCUACGGGCAUUUUAACUUAGCAACAUCCAGAGAUCUCACACUGACGAGGUUUGAGCUGACUGUCAGAGUACACUGACAUUGCCAUUUGAAAGUGGCAGCAUUUUGUGUAAACUAGUUUAUUUUAGUCAAAAUGUGACUUUAUUAGUCUAAUAACUGUCUCUACCAGGCAGAGGCUGACGGAGGAGUAAGAGAACCUUACAGCAGACAUUUAAAUCUACUUUACUUACUUGCAGUUCCACUUGUGACCACAUGGGUGUCUUGGAUAAAAUGCAACUACGUAGUCAGGAAGCAUCUCCCAUACAAAUAUAUCCUUACAUACUGCUGUUUUAUAUGUGGUUUAGUUGGUUAGUCCUUCAACAAAUGUAUGUAGUAAAGGGAAGGCCAGGCCAGGCCAGGCCAAACGGCUAUCAGCAUGUUUGACUUCUUAAUAAAUCCAUAAUGUGACAUUUGUCCCAUGUUUCGCUAGGCUAACAGUUGCCCACCUCUCUAACCAGUAUUUAUACAAUACAGCUCAUGGUUUGCGGCUGUAAAGGAAUGAAUAUUAAGGCAGGAAGGCGAUCCAUCUUGGUGAGGGGGAUCCAUGGAUUUCAUGUUAAAAACAGAGUUUCUGGAAUGCUGGAAGUGAAUGAUUCACUGAGACACGUCCAGGUGGAUUCCAUUGUUUCAUAUCUUCCAAAGCCAGCACUCAUCACACCGCACUCCAAGAUUUAUUUAAAAUCUCAGACAAAUUCAUUCCUAGCCUUACUGCUCAACCAAAUCCAAUGUAGACAAACAAGGGCACACACGAACAACAUAUAUAUAUAUAUAAUAACCAAAUAGAUUUUAUUGCACGUCUGUUACACAAAGUGGCAGAAUUUAAUGUCCUGCUACCAUUUAUUACAGUGAAUCUAAAAGGCUAAGCUUGUGAGUACAUUACUUCUGGCCAUGGACAUGCCAACAUAUCUCUUUUAGAAGAUGGGUUUCACAAGUUUUAUAAGAUAGCUAUUUUGGCACAGAGCUACCACGUCUUUUUUUCAGCUCGAUAUGACUUGUUUUUUUAGUAACUAGAACCAUUCGUUAUGAAUUAGUGGCUUACAGAGCAGGAUUUCUUACUCAACCAAGCAAACUAAACAAAACAACUGAAACAUAGAGCCCUAAAACAAAAUAGCCCUCAAGACAACCACACACAAAAUAAAAAUUCCAUGAACAAAAUUCAUGCAAAUCCAAAAAGGAACGAUAGCCUACACAAAAUACGAAACAAACAUAUUAAAAAAUAUAUAUAUAUUGUAUGCAAAACAUUCCAAUACCAUAUGCGUAACUCUUCAUCUUAGUAAUUCUUCUACACAGCAGUCCAUUAGAGUUGACCUAUUAAUUAUAUUAUUGUUUAUGUGGAAAUCACCCCACAGAUAGAUGUUCAUGUGUGGUCCUCGUCCAUAGACUUUACGAUAUUAAGUAUCAACGCAAGUGUUAGAUGUAUUGUUGUCAGGCUACAAUCCUGAUCAGAAGUGCUCACAGAUUGUUUGACAGUUUGAUUGAGCCACCCAACUGGAAUCACUAGGCACUCUAUAAGGGGUAAACACAUGUAGACUAAAUGAGGACCACAUAAGACACAUUUAGUGAAGUCUUGUUUUUUGUUUCACUGUAGAGUUGGAGUUAUUUAUUGGGCUGCAGACGUUGCUUCAUCUCUUCCUUUCUAAGGAUGCCAUAAGAGAUUGGAGACUGGUGGAAAAUCACUUAGGGCUGUGUACAAGUAUAGCAAAGUAUACAAAGUGCAAGAUGGUCUGGACAAGGGUAUAUUACAUUGCACUUGGAUGCUAAAAACUCACAAACUGCGCUACAAAUUUCACUGGUGACAUGUAAGGGGAAUGUAACGCAAAGCUCACACCAUCAUUUAAGUAUGUAUAUCAUAUGCCGUAGUAAACGGUGCAAUCGGUGACUCCUAGUUUUUAUUGUCUGUUUUCCAUUUUAUUUUCACUGACAAUCAUAAACCAUGUAUACACAGACUGGUAUUCUUAUAAAUGGUUGGUGUCGAAAUUGACUCUUUCAUGUUAAUUGUCUACAUGGUGUCACUGCAUUUAUGAGAGCCCAACAAUAUUACACAACAUUCACAAAAUGUACUGUUUGUAUUUGCUGUCAGAUUUAGGAUGGGUUAGGGUAAGUGUUAAGGGUUGUUAUGGUUAGGGGGACACAAGGUACCCCUAACUCCAUUUUUUAUUUAAGGCUAGGGUUUAUCCACACUGAAUAUUUUAAUAGUGAACCACACAGAUACAAUUAUUUGAAAGUAGGAAGAAACACGCAGUAGUUUCCUCCUGCAGGCAGACAUUUUUAAGGAGCCGUGUACAGCAACGUUUCGACCCUAAAACAAGCCUUUGAACAAUGUGCCUUAAUAAAAGUCUGCCUGUUUGCGGCAACUUCUUUCUACUUCUUUCUCCUUUCCAGUGGCUUCUUGGGAUCUGCUCUCCCUUUCUGGAGAAUCCUGGUGGGAAUGUUCCCUUACUUGAUGUGUGCAUCACACAAAUUCUGUCCAGAUACAGUUAUUGUCACUAACAAGCCAAAUUAACUAUUUGUGUUUGUUUAUGUUAAACUGAACAUGACUUGACAGCUUCUUAGUCAUUAUGUCCCCUUUACAUCUUGUGGGGUUUUUUUUUGUUGAGAAUACAAGACAGAAUUUAGUGGAGAGAGAGGUGUGAGUUAUGAGCUGAGCACCAAGCGUGGGCUGGGAGGUAUUUGGAGAUAAAAGAAGAAAUGUAGGCAGGGACAUAAUUAAGGAAGACAGGAUGUAUUUUUCUCCACCUCCAGACCUAAUUUCAGAACCAUAAUCCUGUACGCUAGUGUCCUUGUAAUUAUCACCAACCAGUAUAUGCUGUCCGGAUGCUCAUACUAAACACAGAGCUUUAAUUGACCUGUUUUAUGACAGCCCAGCUUCUUGUGUUUGUGUUGUUGUGUAAAGGAUAUAUCUAUAGUUUUCUAUUUUUUCUUUUAAGCAUACUGUGAGAGUCCAAAGAUAAGUAAAGUAAAUGUGAUACAUUUAUUGGCCAACUAUGCCGAUUUCUAACUGGUUGAUGGUUGAUGCAUCAAUGAAACCCUGACAGUAUUAUAAAGUGGGCAGAAAACUGGUUAGUUUGGAUGUUUAAUGAAAACAUUAUAACACUUUAAAACUCUAACAAGCAUCAAAGGUCCAUACACUAUAAAACGGAAAAAUAAUGAUAGCUAAAUGUCAAACUCACAAAAGUGGAGGAUAUGUAAGCCUUAAAGAAUUCAAUCAUUGGUUGCUGGAGGUCAGUCACAGCAGUGUGCAAAGUCACCAAUGUGUCCACACCAUCAUGGAACUUUGAUUUCAUCUCUGAUUCCAUUUCUGAACAAUUCCGGAAAUAUCACAAAAAUAAAUAAACAGCCCCAAUGAUGGCAUAAACAAACCGCCAAAAACAAAUAAAAAUGGGGAUCCCCAGGACCCUCCACAAUAGCCAGUAGGGAGAGAGGCUAAACAAUGUUGUUUGCUCUCAUCCCAGUAGAUCAUGGGUUCAAACAGAAGAUAAUAUGUAAUAGAAGGACUGUGUAACUACUGCAAUAGCUUCUCUGUUAUCCAUGUGGGGCAAGCAGAACAUCUCUCAGAUUGCAGUGGAUUGAGAGCUAAUAAUAACAAUCUUGCAGGCUUGCCACAUCACAAUGGCUCCUUUACCAUUCUGUGGCGUUUAAUUGGCUCUUUAACCCCUUAAGGACACAUGAUGGAAAUAUUCCGUCAUAAUUCCCUUUUAUUUCAGAAGUUGGGUCCUUAAGGGGUUAAUAACAUAAGAAAACAAUAAGCCAGGUCCUGCUCCUCCCUGUGGGAUUCUGAGAGGUUAAUGUAAUAUGUAAUACUGAGGGGAAGGUUGAGGUGUUCUUUAAUUCCCUUCAUAAAAAUACAUUUAAAUAUAAACCUCCCUAAUAAAUAUAGUGCUACAGGGGUUCUUUACCACCUCGACAACAACAACUCUGAAACCAAAAGAACAAUGAAAGAAGGCCAGGUUUCAAUUGGAAAGAAUAGUGUCAUGCCUCAAAAUGUCACCUUUAAAACAUUGCACAAGAAUUUAUUCUGAAAUUGUGCAUAUCCCCAGUUUCUCCUGUUGGCACACUAUGUUAUUACUCCUGUUGGCACUCCAUUCUAGUACUCCUGUUGGCAUGCCAUUCUAGUACUCCUGUUGGCACACCAUGCUAUUACUUCUGUUGGCACAACAUGCUAUUACUUCUGUUGGCACACCAUGUUAUGACUCCUGUUGGCACUCCAUGCUAUUACUCCUGUUGGCACACCAUGCUAUUACUCAUGUUGGCACACCAUUCUAGUACUCCUGUUGGCACACUAUGUUAUUACUCCUGUUGGCACACCAUUCUAGUACUCCUGUUGGCACACUAUGUUAUUACUCCUGUUGGCACACCAUUCUAGUACUCCUGUUGGCACACUAUGUUAUUACUCCUGUUGGCACACCAUGCUAUUACUCCUGUUGGCACACCAUAUUAUUACUCCUGUUGGCACACCAUGUUAUUACUCCUGUUGGCACGCCAUUCUAGUACUCCUGUUGGCACACCAUGCUAUUACUCCUGUUGGCACACCAUAUUAUUACUCCUGUUGGCACACCAUGUUAUUACUCCUGUUGGCACGCCAUUCUAGUACUCCUGUUGGCACACUAUGUUAUUACUCCUGUUGGCACACCAUGCUAUUACUCCUGUUGGCACACCAUAUUAUUACUCCUGUUGGCACACCAUGUUAUUACUCCUGUUGGCACGCCAUUCUAGUACUCCUGUUGGCACACUAUGUUAUUACUCCUGUUGGCACACCAUGUUAUUACUCCUGUUGGCAUGCCAUUCUAGUACUCCUGUUGGCACACUAUGUUAUUACUCCUGUUGGCACACCAUGUGAUUACUCCUGUUGGCACACCAUGCUAUUACUCAAGUUGGCACACCAUAAUAUAAUCCCUCUUGGCUAUCAUGCUAUCCUCUGUUUAGUAGAACAGAUUGAAUGUCCAAUAAAAUAAAAAUGUCGUUUCUCAUUAUCCCACUUAUUUACUUGAUUCACAUUGUUAGCAAUGGCUUUUUGUUUUCUGUUCACUAAGCGUGCAGUGCCUGCAGCCCAUAAAUAGAAGUAUGUAUAACGCGAGCAUAUGGUCUACAUUUUUACAAUGCCUUAAAGAAUUUAACUUCUUCAGACACUCAGAUAUCCUUCCUCACUGCAUCUCAUUUUCUAAUAUUCCUUCUUUCACUGCCACAUAAUCAUUCUAUCAUACGCUUUGAUCUAGACGUAGGGGCUACCAAAGCUUAAGCUCCAUGCAACACAAUAGACUCAGGGUGGCUGGUGUUGUGUUCUGAUCUGCUGCUGCCCUGAAAUGCUGGGUAUCAAAUUCAUAGCUUGUGUCCAGAGAGACACAAAUACCUUCCUUGGUCUUGCUGGGCAUCCUGGGAAACAAAACUUGUAAAUCCUAAAGUGUCAAAGGAUGGAUUCCCUGUACCCCAUUACACAUAUGAUAUGUUCCCUGUGCCCAGUUACCUAUACGAUGGAUUCCCUGUGCCCCGUUGCCCACAGGAUGAAUUCCCUGUGUCGCAUUACCAAUAGGUAUGCAUUCCCUGUGUACCAUUACUCAUAAGAAGGAUUUCCUUUGCCCUAUUGCCUAUAUGAUAUAUUCACUGUGCCCCAUUACACAUAUGAUAAAUUCCAUGUGUCUCAUUAACUAUAGGAUGUAUUUCCUGUGCCCCAUUACCCAAAGGAUGGAUUCCCUGUGCCCAAUUACCCAUUGGAUUGAUUCCCUGUGCCACAUAACCCAUAAGAUGGAUUCCUUGUUCCCCAUUACCCAUAGGAAGGAUUUCAUGUACCCCACUAACUAUAGGAAGGAUUCACUGUGCCCCAUUACCCAUAGGAUGUAUUCCCUGUACCCCAUUACCAAUAGGAUGGUUUUUCUGUGUCCCAUUACUCAUAGGAAGGAUUCCCUGUGCCCCACUACGUAUAGGAUGGAUUCACUGUGCCCCAUUAUCCAAAGGAUGAAUUCCCUGUGCCCCAUUGCCCAUAGGAAGGAUUCCUUGUGCCCCAUUACCAUUAGCCCUAUUAACCAUAUGAAGGAUUCCCUGUGCACCAUUACCAUUAGCCCUAUUAACCAUAUGAAGGAUUCCUUGUGCCCCAUUACCAUUAGCCCUAUUAACCAUAUGAAGGAUUCCUUGUGCCCCAUUACCAUUAGCCCUAUUAACCAUAUGAAGGAGUGAUUACCAUUAGCCCUAUUAACCAUAUGAAGGAUUCCCCCCAUUACCAUUAGCCCUAUUAACCAUAUGAAGGAUUCCUUGUGCCCCAUUACCAUUAGCCCUAUUAACCAUAUGAAGGAUUCCCUGUGCACCAUUACCAUUAGCCCUAUUAACCAUAUGAAGGAUUCCUUGUGCCCCAUUACCAUUAGCCCUAUUAACCAUAUGAAGGAUUCCCUGUGCACCAUAGUCCCUUUACUUAUAAGUUAGAUUUCCUGUCUUCCAUUAUGCAUGGAAUGGGCUGUGACUCAUUGUGCCCCUUGCCUUCCCAGUAAAUCUCUUUGUGGCUUAGCCUGCUUGUGAAAAUUGAUUUUAUAUGUCUGAAAUUUCCAUUUUAUAAAUGUGUGCAGGAUUAUUUUUAUAAAGGGCUGCAAAGUCUAGAUACAGAUGGAGGGCAUGGUGACAAAAACAUAAAUUCAAACUUUGUAUUUAGUCCCAGUGUCAUUUUUCAGCUCCAUCCCAAUGUAACCCCCUCAUCCAGCACUGGAUCUAUAUCAAGGACCAACAAGACUAACCCUCUGGUCCCCUGAAGGUUCUUCACCAACAUUUUAAAAACCAGUAUGAAAGGCAAGAUAUUUAGAUGAGGUUGUGAAUAAGUACACAAUAUAUAGGAUUGGAGAGGUGUGUAAAACAAAAAAGGAAGGGAACAUGAGCAAAUGUAUACUAAUGUACUUAUUGAACAGUUCGUAGGUUGCACACAAACAUAGUUAGAAUGGGGGACUGACAUUCCAACAGAACUGGCAUUUCCAGUCCUAAUUUGAAAAUAUUAGUUCACAACAAAUAUAAAAGCUACCUGUGUAUCAUAUGAGCAACUAAAGUUACCUGUAUAGUCUAUUAAAUUUACCUGUAUACGCUUUAUGCAACAAGAAGUUACCUGCACACUGUUUCAAACCCUACAACCAUGGAUAUUAGUUUUUUUGGGUCCACCACGUACAUGGUGCAGUCUAUAUUACCUGCUAGCAACUUCCUUGUGCUCGCAAAGAACCGCUGAUACAAUGUAGGUAACAUCAUCAUAAAAACUCCAGCAUAGUGUUUGUAAGUCACCAGGUAUAUCUAUAAUUGUUGCCUAAUUGCAUCAUCCAUCAAUCACAAGGUUUAUAAACUAAAAUCACCAAUCUUAGUUACAUAGUUACAUAGUUACAUAGCUGAAAAGAGACUUGCGUCCAUCAAGUUCAGCCUACCUCACAUUUGUUUUUUGCUGUUGAUCCAAAAGAAGGCAAAAAAAAAACAGUUUGAAGCACAAUUUUGCAACAAGCUAGGAAAAAAAUUCCUUCUUGACCCCAGAAUGGCAGUCAGAUUUAUCCUUGAUAUCGUUAAUGCAUUUGAAAGUAACCAGAUUUCUGAAGCGGUGAAUGGGAGGUAUAAAAUAACUCACAUGGACUAUGUGUAGUUAAAGGACAUCUUGACAUUUCCGUGGAUUGCCUGUUCCCAGACCUAAGAACAAUCUGCAUUUUGCUCUCAUUAUUUGUGUUUUCCUUCAUAAUGUACUCAUAGACUUGAGGUCAGUGUGCAGAGUUAUUGACAGGAACUGCCUCACUUACAACAGUUUUAAUAUUAUGCAAUGGUAAAGUAUGGCUCUAGAAUAUAAACACAAACCUCAUCAGUGAUUCUUAUAUCAUUAAUUGAAACCUUACGUUGAAGAAAGCAUGUGUGUAUGUCCACAUGUAGGAUAGAUAAAUACACUCACACUCCCGUUCUCGGCUGUAAUUGUAAAUGCCACCCGUCCUCGCUCCUUUCACAGGUUCUGGGUGUUUUAAAUUUAGGUGAUUAUUAAUUGGGGGAUUAGGGCAUUGGUUAUGUCACUACCUUAUAAUAGGGAAAAGCAGGUCCAAAUCCUUCUCAGACCAACUUAUCAUUAAUCAUACUUGGACAAGAUGCCUAAUAAUAUAUAUCUUCCAAUGUCAAAUCCUCAUAGAUUGUUUGAGCAGGGUCUUCCAAUAACGCCUUUAUAUAAUUGUAAAGCGCUGUGGUGUUAUAUAAAUGGUAAUAAUUUCAAUGAUUCUAUGCCUUUUAUUGUAUUUAUACCUGGUUCUGGCAAGGCAAUACUACAUUCCAUAUGUGAGUAUUAUGCCCUUAAUGUCAAAAUAUGCUAUUUUUUAAUAACUGGCAGUAGAUGAGUUCACAAUGUAUCCUUUGAAGUGUAAUAUGGUAUUUAUUAUAACAAAGAUUCAUUUGAAUCACAUUCCAUGCCGACAGACAAAACAUCUUCUGGGCAUGAACUGCAGAGUGAUAACAAGUUGAUGGGGUGCCUCUAUGAUCAGAGCCUCAGUCCCAAAUCUCCUUCGGCGCUGGACCAUCUCCGGCAUGUGACGUUUUCUGAUGCUCUAACAAGGAGGAGAGAUGCUUGUUCCUCGAUGAUACAGAAUUCUAUUCUAGGCUCCAUCCUCGGCAUGCUGUAAUGGUUAAUACUUAUUUCUUAUAUAGUCUGACUUUUUACUAUCCAUAAACACUAAACACAGGCACUAAACUCAUGGUUCCUCUCAUAAGGAACAUCAAAUCGAGCAAGCAAAGGAGCAAUUUACCUGUUGUUUAUUUUAUGUAGAAGAUGGUUAAAUGAAAAUGAGUUCCGCAAGAAAUGGGAUUUAGUGUCUGGCAGGCAAAAAAAACCUCACUCUUUAAUUAUUUUAUAUGCACCAAUCAGAAAACAAAAUGAGGAUCUGGAGAAUCUAUAGAAUCACAAAGUAAACAGGAUACAAUUUGUACAAAAAUAUGAAAUAGGAACUUGUGAGUCCUCUGAGGAAGACAUAACAUCUAUUGAAAUUAAUAAUGGACAAAUCUCCACUGCAUUUAAUAUCAACAGACAAAUGUAUCCAGCCAGAGGACCGAGCCCCAAUAAGUGUGGUGUCAAUAUGUUAGGGAGGAAGCUCUGUGUCAUACCCCCCGGCUCGCGGCUGCACAUGGUCGCACCCAAUCGGUGCGACCACACUGACAGGUUAGUGAACUUACCUGUUCAGCAGCGAGCCGGAAGCCGUCCCGCUGGGGCCUUUGUACCCUCCACAAGCUUGCAAACAAAAUAGUGCUGACCACGAGGUCACGGCCAUUUGUAGCCCUGCCUCCAAAGGUAACGCAAACGUGCGUGUGACGUCACAACAUCGACACACACGCACGUUCUGGGAUCAGAGACCAAGCUCUGAUCAAUAACAGAGCAAGCAGGGGUAUUUAAACCCUGAAGUUCCCUAGACCAUGCCCUGUCGUGGUUUCAGUUCCUGGUUCCCGAGAGUACGUUUUCCUUGUUCUUGUUAUUUGAUUAUCUGGAUUUUGACUUUGGCUAUUCCUGACCACUCUAUCUCUGGUUUCCCUGACUUGGCUUUCCUUAUCGAUCUUGUGUAUUCCUGGCUUCCUUGACCUUGGCUUUCCCUUGACCAUUCUCUGUCUUUCAACGUAUUAACCCAGCCAUUCUAAGGACCGGUUUACGUUCUGUCUAGCUUAUAUAGUCUAUGUAGAUGUUACAUAGUUUUGAGUGGUGGACCACACUGGUACUCGUGGCACUCUGGAAAUGGGAGACCAAUAUCCCAGACAAGAGCUUCAAGUGGCGAUUCAGGACUGGUAUGCGUCUAGAGGUGCUCAUGUGACUAUGAUCCCUUUCCGGUUUGGAUCUAAGGAAUGUUCGAGUCAAGAUAAGGGAGUUUACUAAUAGACCAUCUAGAUAAAUUUGACUGAGUAGUGGAGUAAGAAAAGUGCCAAACUGGGGCUUCAGGAUUUUAAAAUAUUCUGCUGUGAGGCCGUCUGGGCCAGGUGCUUUUCCAGUGCAAAGGGAGGCAAUAGUUGUUUGUAUAUCCUGAUCAGUAAUGGGGUUUUUCAGCAUUGAAACAAUCACUAUGCAAUCACUAUCCAUCAAAAACAGAAGUUGAGUGAUGUCCAUCAAUCAAUCAAGCACAGAUAUGCCAGGAUGAUUAUUAAGUUAUUUUAAAAGUUUAUUGAAACCACAAGAUGUCUUUGUGCCGUUUCUCUAUUAUAUCCAGUAUUCUGAAUAAAUCAAGAAGACAGAGUGCUCUGUGCUAUAUGAGCACUUCAAACCCAAGGCUGUCCUUGACUAAACACACAAUCACAUAUGGAAAACAGUACACUGUGUGGUCAAAGCUACCACCAGUGCAUAUCGUGGUGCACUAAACAUAAAACACUUACCUUUAUGUAUUCAAGGACUGAUAUGCAGUAAAAUCUGUACAGUGACAAAAAGAGAAAACAAUACGGUGUAAUAUAGUCUGAAAAUAAAAGUAGGUAUAUAGUGUAAUACUCCAAACUCACAAAGUAUACAGCCGGAUAGGACUGGCUCAGUUGACAAAAUAAGCAAUUGUAGUCCAAGGUAGAUCUAUUGAAGAAAUAAAUACAGCAAUUUCGGCACAUUUAAGAAAUUUUUGCAAGCUUAUGUGAGUCAAAACACUGUCUUGGACCAUACUUCCUGUUUUUGUGCCUGGUCCUUUUUUCUGUUGCUGGUUUCACAAGGGGAAUACACCCUGGAUUGGUGACACUCAGAGGGUUAAUCGAGGGACUUCUCACCAACUGUGUCUACAAAUUAAUUUAACUGUCCUUCUGCUCUCAGUCAUGUAAUAUGUCAACAUCUACCUAUGAUCUUAUAUUUUGGUAGCAUUGGUUUAUUUUUGUUUUGUUUUUUGUUUGUUUUUUCUGAUCUUUACAGUGUUAACCUGCAUUCCAUAAUAUCGAGUUAUUGAAAAAGAUAUUUUUUUUUAUAUCACUGCAGCACCUGAAAUUCUCUCUCCUCCUUACGACAUCUGGAACAUUACUGGGAAAGAUGCAAUUUUCGGUUGUGAGGUUUUUGCUUUCCCCAUGGCAUCUAUUGAAUGGAGAAAAGAGGGGAUCGAAAUGCUGCUUCCUGGGGAUGACCCACAUAUUUCAGUCCAGGUAAUGUAUUUAUAAGGAUUUAUGGGUGCAUUCACUAAACCCCAAACUAAGAAUUACAUUCAAAAUAAAAAUAGCCGAACUGGAAACAUUGUCUAAAUCAGCUUUUCUCUCAGGUUGGCUACUUUGGCCUUUAAUUUGAAAUUCACUUUGAAUUCUCCCUUUAGUGAAUAACCCUGUUAGACCUUCUCAGAAUGUAAUUUCCUUCCAAAACUUUUUUUUAUCAGCAUUUACUAUUUUCUUUAUAAAUCAUUUCCCUUCUUCCCUUUCAGUUUAAUUCUCCCAUUUAUUUUGAUGUUUCUUUAAUUCUGAAACUUUCGUCCAAAGCCAUUCUUCUUAGACCUGGCCUUUCUUCCCAAAAUCUCAUCCUACUGAACAACCUGGCUGCACUUUAUUCUCUGACUCCUCAUCCUUCUCAGACCUGGCCUUUCUUCUCAUAAACUCAUCACACUGAGCAACCUGGCCGCGCUUUUUUCUCUGACUCCUUGUCCUUCUCAGACCUUGCCUUUCCUCCCAAAAUCUCAUCCUACUGAACAACCUGGCCGCACUUUAUUCUCUGACUCCUCAUCCUUCUCAGACCUGGCCUUUCUUCCCAAAAUUUAAUCCUACUGAACAACCUGGCCGCACUUUAUUCUCUGACUCCUUGUUCUUCUCAGACCUGGCCUUUCUUCCCAAAAUCUCAUCCUACUGAACAACCUGGCCCCAUUUUAUUAUCUGACUCCUCAUCCUUCUCAGACCUGGCCUUUCUUCCCAAAAUCUCAUCCUACUGAACAACCUGGCCCCACUUUAUUCUCUGACUCCUCAUUUUUCUGAGACCUGGCCUUUCUUCCCCAAAUCUCAUCCUACUGAACAACCUGGCCCCACUUUAUUCUCUGACUCCUCAUCCUUCUCAGACCUGGCCUUUCUUCCCAAAAUCUCAUCCUACUGAACAACCUGGCCCCACUUUAUUCUCUGACUCCUCAUUUUUCUGAGACCUGGCCUUUCUUCCCCAAAUCUCAUCCUACUGAACAACCUGGCCCCACUUUAUUCUCUGACUCCUCAUCCUUUUCAGACCUGGCCUUUCUUCCCAAAAUCCCAUCCUACUGAACAACCUUGCUGCAAUGUAUUCUCUGACUCAUCAUUCUCAGACCUGGCCUUUCUUCCCAAAAUCUUAUCCUACUGAACAACCUGGCCACACUUUAUUCUCUGACUCCUCAUCCUUCUCAGACCUGGCCUUUCUUCCCAAAAUCUUAUCCUACUGAACAACCUGGCCCCACUUUAUUCUCUGACUCCUCAUUUUUCUCAGACCUGGCCUUUCUUCCCCAAAUCUCAUGCUACUGAACAACCUGGCCGCACUUUAUUCUCUGACUCCUUGUCCUUCUCUGACUUUUCCAUCUCUGGUUAUUUUCCAUGAUUAAUUAUUGAACAUUCACUGCUAUUUCCUGUACUCUGUGUUGGUUCUUAAGGUUGGGUGCCUGGCAUCUGGACCCCUAUUAAAUCAUGAACUCUAACCCCUGACACUGGACCAACUGCAAACUAAGCAAAAAAAAAAGGAAAUUAAUUAUUUAUAGUCUUGAUAUUUAGUUUGUUUUUGUUGUUGUGAUUCUAUUGGGGAUUUAUGUUAACACUAUAGUAUGUUCAGUGUGAUGAGAAAUACAAAUUGAAAAGGGGGUUCGGGACUAAAGGGCUCCCAUCCUUACAUGAUUUGACUGGCAUUUCCUCCCUCUGCUCUUGGAGAUUUAUGAAGCAAUAAAUUGUGUUGAAGUGGGUGUGGAAAGCACGGUACAGACCGUGAUGGUUCACUCACUUUUAUUGCCAUAUUUUACAAUACUUCUCAGAAACGCUCAUUAUGACUGUCAUCUCUCAGCAGGACACCAAAGGCACAGGUAAAAUAAAGGUAUAUGUAUUUCAUAAAAACUGCUGUUAUUGAGUCCUUUGAUCCCUAAACCAACAAUGAAUAAGAUCUGCUGAAGUGAGAAGCAGAUAAUCUCUACCAACAGAUAAAUAGCUUGUUACAAAGUAACACAUUAGGACUCCGGUAAACGUAAUGUAUCCAGCCAUCUCACCAUCACUUUAUUCGUAGGGCGUUAAACAUUGUAAUAUUUAAAUGGGCACAUAUACUAAAUCUCUAUAAUGAAGAAUUUAAAUCUAGAAUUGGGGAUUUACUAAAGAAAAUUUGGAAAUUAGCCCCAAAUGUUUAAAUGAUUCAGAGCAAUUAACCAAAAGUGUGGCAUGCUGAAGUGGAUGCACCGAGUGCUAAUAUCCCAGGCACAGGGUAUUGUUGGUAGUUAUAGCUGCUCCUGUUGCUAAAUAUCUACUUUAUCGCAUUCCACCUGAACCCAGAGAUAAGGAGCACCUCAAGGAUACAUAGGCAGCAGGUGGCACUGAUCGCAGCUUAUUUCCCCUCAUGCCCACCCACCUUGGCAUCAGAAAUUAAGCUUCUACUGCUAUUCUGAUGGAUACAGUUACACACACUUUUCUUAUUAGGGAAAUUGUAUCCUCAUGCUGUUUUCAGUAGCCCAUCUUUCCAUGAUAAGAUAUGACAUAACUGGGAGGGAGAAGAUGUACAACCCUCCACGAACACAUACAUUAACUUAUACAAGAAGUAGAUUUCUCCAUGGCAUAAAAAAGAGCCAGAAAAGUGGCUAGAUGCAGAUAUGCAGGUAAAUUAUGGAAACUACAGAUUUAAUUCUACAAAAGAGUUCUCCAUUUAAAUACACAGUAUUUUACAUUAACAUGUCAGGACUAAAGCACAAUAAUUUCUUGGAAAGGGAAGUAUAAUAAAUUGAAUAACUACUAAGAUCUUUAACUUCUGGAUGCAGAUUUUCAUGGAAAUGUGGACAUUUGUAUAUCAUUUUCUCAGCCCCAGGAGAUGAUAUAUAAAUUUAUGAUUUAAACCAUAUUUUAGGAUUUCCUGUUCGUCUACAAAUAGGCUUAGGUAUUUCAGUCCAUGUAAUUUAUAGAUCACAGCUCCCUAGGAGGAGCAGCCUCGGCUACUGUGUUGUUUCACUGAGUUUCCCUUUACGAAAAUAUUUUGUAUAUAUAAAAGAAAGAUCACCUGGAAAAACAAGGUGUGGAUGAAAUGGGGAUUAUUAGCUUUAGGGCUUCAAUCAGCCAAUCCCAACAUGUUAUCCUUGGCUUACAGUUAGUAACGUGGAGUUAUCCCCCAACCAGUAGACUCUUGUCCCCGUAACCCCUAGAGCAUAGUUUUUCUUUGUAAAACAGCAGUUUGUAGGUGCAGGAAGCUAAGUUCAGUUAGUUCUGGUUCCUUGCGAAGAGGGGCUGUGAGUUAUGUCACCCAACCGGGGGCCCCGUGCGGGUCCUGAAAGGCUGAUGUUCAUCGUGCCAGGCUGCUGAAUCUCAGGCAGAAGUUAGAAAAUGCUAUGCACUGCUCAGGACACACAUGUUGGCAUUUGGGGAAUCUGCAUUCCCAAAUAUAUCAACAGAUGAACUGCAGAAAAAGGAUGCUGUAUGCAUUCAAAUAUAUUUACAAAAAAAUAAAAAAAUAAAAAUAAAAGGGAGAGAUUGAGUAUCACUAGUGGACUAUAAACUAAUAAUGAAUGAUUGCAUACUUCAUUAUUCAAACAAUGAUGUUUUGAUUAUGUAGAAUGGACUUAGCAAUCUCUAUCCAAUGAAAGGUGUUUUCAAAGCUGUGUAAAAGAAGAUAUAAUAUUGCAGUGUUAAAUGCUGCUGUAUCACUCAAGUGCCAUUACUUUAUCACCAAGAAAGUGUUUAUAAUAUACAUAAUUUUUAGUCUCCAGGGGUUAUUUAUCCAUUUAAAUUCACGUACCCCACUUAAAAAAAUCAGUUUAUAUCACAAUUAAACUUAUAGUCCGACACUGAAAUGAAGUCAUCAAGUUUGAAAACUUUUGGUCAGUCAAAUAUUUCUCAGAGAUAUGACGUAUGUGAAGCAAAUGCUACAAUCUGUCAAUUUAAUGCUUCUCUUUGAGAGGAAACAAAUUCAAUGCAUCUCACAUUGAUGCACUGAAAGAACACCCAGCAUCUGGGGUCAGGAUUCCUUGCAGUUUGGCACUGGACAUAAAAUAGAUGUAAUUAGUGAAUCUAUUUUAGUCUAAAGCCCUCAGUCACUGCCUAAAUGAAUUGAGAGAUGCGGGCAGCAUCUGUACCCUAAAAAUGACUUCAUUAUGCUGGAUGGAUUUUGCUGUGUCCCUUUAAGAGUGUUAAGGCUUUUGAGGACUCGUGGAUGGAAGUCCCCGAGAUGAAGUGGAAACUACUCAACAGUCUUUGAGAGGAAAAAUUUACUGCUCAGGCACGUAAACCCCAAAUCAAAUGUAAAGUGUACACUAUUUCUAAGUGGACUUACACAAGCAUGUAUAAACCAAAGUCUGUGCUAUUUACAGUCAACCCUAAAUCGAUUCAGUGGCGUUUUUCAUUCCACCACCCAAGAAGAACUCUUUGGUGACAACCCUAAACUGAUUAAGGCGUAUAGUAUUUACAAACGCAAAACAAGUAGACGCACAGACAUUCUCCCUGACAUCUCCAUACUUCCUGUCUAAUUAUAAAACUCUACAGCAUAAAUGUGAGCUUUCAAUAUAUAGAUAUAUGCACUAGUUGUUCUAAUUAGCCCAGUAUACACUAUCCCGGCUGUUGGAGAUUUAUGGCUGCCUGCCAAAGAUGAUCCUUAGGUAAAUUUAACGUUAACAACAUCUGCUUACCUAAUGUUACAAAGGGGUAUUACCUUAUAACGAUAUUUUCAUGUGUGAGGCUCUGUACCUCUUUUUGCGUUCACCAUGCUAAAUACUGCACCAAUUCCUUUACUCGUCUGAUCAUAAUGAAUAGUGUGUUCUUCAACUCAUUUUGCUACUUUGUAUGUUUAUAUAUGAAUUUGAAGUUAAACAUUGAAAAUACAUUGAGAGUUACAUUCAGAAUGGCCAGAGUAUUUCUGAGACACGUGUCAAAAUCGCAGAGUUCCAGAAACAGCUUAAGAAGGAUUUUCAUGUUAAAAGCAAUCUACUGGGAAAUAUUUGCUGUUUUUUUUUUGUCAUCCAUAUGGCAAGAAAAUAGUUUCCUGACUUAAAUGUACCCUCAUUUAAGUUCACGAUUUUCCUUUGUAGUAAAGAAGAGAAAUAGGACACACUGUAGGGAAGAAAUGUCAGUGACAGAAGGAAAUAAAAACAAAGGAGAAAAUGGGAAGCAGAAUUAUUUAGCUUGUUACACUUAAGCACUUCACAGUGCCACGGAGAGCGGAGCUAUGUGCAAUCUUUGUUCACACGUAUGUUUGCAUGUUGAAUGUAUAGGCUUGGUGGCACCCUGAAGUCCGUAUGAAUGAAGGUUAUCUUGGCCAUUUGGCUCAACUUUCUCAGGGCAUGGAGAGCCACACGACCAUGUUUUCUACCAUGAAGUUCUUUAGCCGCAAAGUUUUCAGUGUCUGCCAGAUCUGUUAUGUUAGCAGUGACAUCCUGUGAAAGUAAACCCAAAUCAGACUACAUUCUUAAACCCACUCUAACUUUUGAUUUUACUCACGUCUGCUAUCUGCUGAAAUGCCUCAUUGAUCCAUAUCCUAGCCCAGUGGAAAACAACCAUCAGUACUCCAGAUGGUGGACUACAUCUCCCCGGAUAUCUUACCAUCAAUAUGGCUGAAAGAGCAUUGUGCGAGAUGUAGACCAAAACAUCUGGCGUGCCAAAGGUUGUCUACCAAUGUCCUAUACUAUAAAAAAAAAAAAUUGAAACAAGUCAAAAUUGCUGGAGUUCACCCAUCUAUGUACGCACAUAGCUGUAAUUAAACUUUUCUCACCCCAGGAAAUAUUUGUAUGACUGUUGAAGAUGUGGAAAAUAUAGAAUGAUGGAUUUGCAGAUAUGUUUAAAUCAUAGAUGGCAAUAAGUCUAGAAAAAUCAGUGUUUCAACUGAGCCAAAUGACACAACAGAGCAAAAAAAAAGGAAAUGAUUUGCUGUGCAACACUCAGUAUCUCAAGAUGUUGUGAAAACAGUCUUCAUGUAAGAGUCAGUAUUGUGAGGAUUCUGCUGCACAGAGUUGCAGAUGUUGAAAGAGACAGAUUAAACUCCAUUUACCCCCAUUAAAGUAUUUGAAUCUCAAAGUGAAAAUUCAAGGUACCUUCACUGAGUGUUGACUGCUGGAACCCGGCCAAGAGUCCCUGAUGUUGAUUACAGGCAUAAGGAAAUCAGGGGGGAUUUCGAAUGAGGGCCACGAGGAAAGUAUUACAGUAAUCCCUUUGAUGAGGAAUACCACCCAAUGUUAUAGUAUUGCUUAUCGACUCUGAACAGCUCAGGUUAGGAGUUGCCACCGUAUCAUAGAUCCAAUAAUGGUUCCAAACAACUGGUUUUCAUAAGAAAAAGUGCAGUAAGACAAUUCCAAAUGUAUAUGGAAAGAGUGUAUGGAAAAAAUAUGAGAUUUGUUAUUUUGGUGCUCUGAGAAGCAACAUGUUUUAGAGAAAUCAGGUAACGAGAGCCUUGGGUUAUAUUCCAAUACUUCUAGAACGCUGUCUUAUGAUAUGUUUGUUUAUGGUACUAUCUCUUGAUAUAUAAUUUCCUGUUUCAAUACCAGGUUACGUGAAAUCCCCAUGGUGUUCUUAUACUGUAACACCCAUUAUCCCUAAUGCAAUGUGGUCAAUUUAUUUUUCCGACAUCUUUAAGAAAGCUUGGUAAAUCAGGAGUAAUAAAACUACACAUAUGAUAUUCUUCAGAAUGAGAGAAAACUUUAUUCUUUCCAGUAAAUCUGUUUUUUUAAGAAGCUAAACAUAUGCCACUGUUCUUUAUAAGCCCUACGAGCAAUCACGGACACAGUCAAUAAAAAACAUCAAUCUUGCUUGAGAGCUUCUGCUUCUUAUUUGUAUAAAUCUAUAUAGUGUCCAUAAUGUAUUUAUUAUAUAUAUAAUCACGGCCAUAGAACAGGCUUGGUGUUUUACUAGCUCCUUGGCAUUGAGAAAUCAUUUUAACGAACGUUUAGUGCACAUCAUUUAUUCAUCUGACAUUGCAUUUUUAUUGGCAAAUUUCUUAAAGUCAGUAUUGUCUACUGCGGUUCAAAAGCGGAUAUUGCUCCUCCGUGGCUAUUUACAUUGCUACAAUAACUAGUAAGCACACAAAAUGCUAAUUAAAUCUCACUAAUGACCAGUUUAUUUAUGCAUUCGCCCCCCCCUCUCUGCACCCAGGCCAUGGUAAAUAAAAUGUAAAGUAAGGGCUGGCACAGGUCAGAUAUAUUUCGGCUGAGUUUGUUUGCUGUUCCUGGCUUUUUUAGAUUAUGUUACCAAUGGUUCUUUACCACCUAGGAAACCCCAAAACAAAGAAUGCCUAUGUGUGACGCUAAAUGCGCUUAUACUACAUAAUGAGAUCAUUUCUCAGUAACUUGCUCUGAUUAAACUAUUUAUGGAGUUUCAAUAUCUUUCUAGUAAGUCUGAGCAGCAUACUGUGUUAUAUACUAAAUAAACAUUCUGUUUUCAGUUUCUGAUUACCAGAAGUUGGAACCUGUAUAGAUAUUCAGAUUAAUUUGGAUCUCUGUGAUAAUUAACUUGUUUUGCUGUUCCGGAUUUUAGUGAUACCGAAUGUUUGUUACCGUUAGCUCUUAAGGUCUUGUUGAUAAGGAUGGUUAGCAUAGCAUUAUGGGAAACAUAGUCUGCAACAGCUGAACUUGGAUCAGUUAGCCAUCGCUGCUCUAGGUCAAACAGGAGAGUUUACAAAACUCUGUUGGUUAAGAAUGAUGGUUAACCCCACUGCCAAGAUGUGCAGAAGAAUACAACUAAGCUUGCGACGCCACAACAGCGAUAGCAAGAACAAGCAUGGUAGUACAUGGUAGUACAUCGCCAUUGGCAUUCAAAAUAACUGCACAAUUUUCUGUAUAGCAUGUUUAAGUUAGUGUUAAUCAGUACAGAGAUGUGGGGGAAAAAACUGAAAUAUCUAAUAAGGCAUAUUGGCUGACUGCGCAAGAAAUAACACAAGAUAAGAAAACCACCAGGUAGCAAAAUAUUUGGAUAUCAGAAGUUAGACAUAGCAGGUAUUCUAGUAAGUGUACAAGCAUAGACUGAAGAAUCAAAAGUCAAACAGCACGUGAUAUUGAUAUAUCCACAUUUGCAUUAAGCCGACUGCUAUGACUAAGUCCUAUGUACACUGGCAUAUCUAAACUGCCCUUAGCUGUCAGGCAAAGUCCAGUUAGAGGAAUUGGAGUGCUUGAGUCUCCCAGUAGGCCGCCACAAACGGCACCUCUCCAGCCCGGGGUGCCAAUGGGAUCUUGCGCCCAGUGUCUGCUAACCACCCUCCCUACCAUCAGGAAGAGCCUUCGGGUUUCCAGGCAUUAGUGUCCCAGCCUGGUGCGCAGGCUGCGCUUAGUUGCACAAUUUGUCUUGGUUCCCUGCCUAGGAGGGAUUCUCUGGGUUAAUGCUUUGCCUGGAAAUUUUGCCACUGGAGCAGGCAUGGCAGUAGGUAUAGUUGAUUGUCUUCUCCGUUCCUGCAGUUUACUCCAGAACCACUGGCAAAUAGCGUUGAAUGCCUUCUGAAAUUCCAUCUCCCAGCUUCGGGCUGAUGCUUGCGUUUCCAGCUUAACAGCAGCUUUGCCUUCGGCUAUUUUUAAGGGACCGCAUGUAAGCUGUCUUCAUGAUGUGCAUCCAGAAGCAAAGGUAAGAUAGAGUCCUAUGUGGUGGGGAUCGGGAUAACCCCCACCAGCCCAAAGAGGGAAGAGUACAGGGCUUUGAAUACCACAAGAGUGCCCAAGUAGGUAUGGACAGAGAGAUCAUCCACUUCUCCUGCCACAGGAACACACCAUGCCUCAGGUAGUCGGAGGCCACGGCUGUACUUUAUCAGUAUUUUCUGAACUCGGAACCGGCAUCAAGUUUGCCCAGAAUGUACCGGAUGUCAUCACUAAUAUCAGGAAGCCGUCUGAAGGGGUAUUUAUGCCCCCAAAAUAUACAAUUAUAUUGUGCAUUAUAUCAGUACAUCACUAUAUGUUGAUGCACUCACAUUUUACAGAGCCUAUUCAAACAGGCUUAAGUUUAAAGAGCACAUGUUUGAAAAUUCCCAGGAGUCUUGAACACUUUCUUCAAUAAUACUGCAGGGAGCCGGUUUGAAUAGGCUCAAGACAGGGCCAGAUUAAGAUCCCAGUGGGCCUGGUGCUGACAAUUAUGAGGGGCCUAAUUACAGAAUCUUAUCGACCAAAAACACUAAAACAGUCAUACCUCUCAAGCGUUAUGUAUCUGGUGGAGAUGGUGCCAGAGGGAAACUCAUAGGAUGCAGCUAUAAGAAAAGGCAGAUUUUCUUAAAAUAUGCUAAUCUCUCUCUAAUUAAUGCUUUCAUCUUUCAAGUAAAUCCAUUCCCCCUAACAGCAGUGUCCAGUGAAGCAGGAAGUCAAUGGGCGGUGUAAAAGGGUGGGCUACUGACACGAAUCACGUGACCAGAACUGCCAAAAGGAGCAACAGUGCCCAAAAAGGGGGCAUGUCUGCCCAAAGAAUUGGAAGGCCAGCCUGGCAUCAGUGUCCCUAUGUAUCACAGUGUCAGUGUCCCCAUGUCACUCAGUCCACUAGUCUCCAGGUGUCUGUGUCCUCAUUGCUCCCAGUGUCCCCAUGUCUCAGUGUGUCCUGUGUCACUAGGAUACUCAGGGACACUGAGAGACAUGGGGACACAGUGAGACAUGGGGACACAGUGAGACACUUGGGGACACUGGGAGACAUGGAGACAUGGGGACACAGACAUUUGGGGACACUAAGAUACUAGGGACACUGAGAAACAUGGGAACACAGACACUGGGAGACUAGAGGACACUGGGAGACAUGGGGACACUGAGACACUAGGGACACUGGCUGGGAGGCAUGGGAACACAGACACUUGGGGACACUGGGAGACAUGGGGACACAAACAUUUGGGGACACUGAAACAUUUGGGGACACUGGGAGACAUUGGGACACUAGGGAUACUGAGAGACAUGGGGACACAGACACUGGGAGGCAAGGGGGCACUGGGAGACAUGGGGGCACUGGGAGCUAUGGGAACACUGAGACACUAGGGACACUGAGAGACAUGGGAACACAGACACUGGGAGACUAUAGGACACUGGGAGCCAUGGGGACACUGAAACACUAGGGACACUGGCUGGGAGACAUGGAGACACUGGAAGACAUGGAGACACUGUGUCAUUAGUGUCUCCGUGUCCCAAUGUGUCUCUCAAUGUCCCUAUGUCUCACAGCGUUCCCUAGUGUCUCAGUGUCCCCAUGUUUCCCAGUGUCUCCAAGUGUCUGUGUCCCCAGGUCUCCCAGUGUCUCAGUGUCCCAAUGUCUCCCUGCAGCCUUUCCCCUCAUCCCUCACUUCCCUGAGCUGUAGGCUGUCUCUGCAGGCUGGGAGCUGCUGUCUAGACUCUCUGUGCUCUGUAGCUGCUCCCCCGCGGAUCAAUGAGUAGAGAGAGGCAGGGGGGGAGAUGCUGUAACUUCAUAUCCCUGCCUCUCUCCACACACACAGUGACCCCUACUGGCCGACGCUGGUAUUGCAGAGUAAUCUCUGUUUAUACUGAGAAAAAUAUCGGCAUUUGUAUUGACGGUAUUACUGCAAUACCAGCACGGCCAGGCAGCCUCUAAUACCAUCUGUGCCAGUAAAAUGCCAGUCAGGUGGCAAACCUAAGAGUAGAGUGUAAAAAAAAAAAAAUAUAUAUAUAUUUUUUUUUUUUUAAAUGGGCCUAUUCCAUGGGCCUGGGCCUGGAGCUGCAGCUCCAUCAGCCCCUAUGUUAAUCCGGCCCUGGCUCAAGAUAUACUGCGCAAAAGAUUAACAUAUUUCUGUCUUGUGGCUCCAUAAAGGAUCUGAAGGGUAUAUUUGUAUGUGUGCUGUGUGCUUUCACCUUUUUUAUUGAGUAUAUAUAGCACCUUAUACUGUAGGGAGGAGUCUGUGCACAAUGAGUAUACUACUCCUUUUAUAAUAAAGAUACCCGGAGUAACUGUACUUACUGUCGAUGCCCACUUACAUUCUGGGGGCAUUUUUGGGAUAUCCUAUUUUCAGAGAUGGCAUUGCCAAUGUCAAAUAUAUAUAUUUAUUUUAUUUUUUUGCUUCAUUGCUAAUAUUUCAGAUCUUGCCAGAAAUACUACAAUAUUAGUUAUGCCAUAUAGUUAUUAAAUCAGAUUUUUCUCCCCUAAUAUUUACAUUUUGGACAUUUAUAUAAUUUUAAUGUAUUUGUGUCCGUGAACUCAAAGCUUUACGCUGAGUUGUUGUUUUAUCUUUACAUAUCCUUUGUAUUUCUUUUUUACGCUUAAAGAACCUUGCAGUAGCCAAGGGGUUAAAGUGUGGUCAGUUGAUUUGACAGACAAAAGCACACAUAUGUUUCCUGUCUGUUAAUGUAUUUAUUGGAAUAAUCCAGAUAUGUAAACAGUACAUUUCUUUCUUGCUUGUCCACAUAUGUCAAGUUGUCAAUUUUUCUUACACCACUGACAGCUCGGUAAAACAACGUCAUGUGAAAUCUGUGUAAAGUACAGUCUUACUCAAUGUGCAGUCUAUAUGGAUAUUCCCCAUUCUAUUAGAAUGCUCCAGCGUUUUGUAACACAGAUGACAAUCUCAUCAACACACAGACAUUCCAAAUGUCUGCAUUAACCACCUAAUACAAAGAGCGUAUGUGUUAAGGUGGAACAGUUAGUCUGGAGGUCAUGGCACACCCAUUUAAUAAACUUUAGCUAGUUAGUUGUCACCCAGGAGUAGAGACUUAAUUUUAUAAUCUAGUUAGUUGUGCCUAUAUUUUUUAACUCGCUAGCAUUCAAGGCACAGAAAGGUGUCUGUUGAUUUAAAAACUAAAAUUAGACAUUGAAAAAAUGUCCUGUGAUUCCUUGCGGAGGAGUAAAGAUCUCCCAGACAUUCAGUAAAGGUGUGUUUUACUAUUUCAGUGAAUAUUUUUUUACAUCAUUUACAGAAGUGAGGGUAAACACUAAUGGAAGAUGACAUUACCUCUUUAGAGAAGAACCUUCACUUCUCCAGAAUUAACACCAUUAAAUAAAAUGAAAAAUAUUUUUUUAAAAAAAUACCUGUGAUUUCUACUAGUCUUUUUUCAUGCGAUCCUCCAUUUUUUUUUUUUAAAUGUAUAUAAAAGGUUUAGAAAAUAAUGUCACAAUCCAGGUCUUUCCAAUCAGAGCCUAGGUCGCCCAAUGCAAAUGAGAAGGAGAACUGGAACAUUGUUUCGAUAUCAAGUCACUUUUUAGUAAAAAACAUGACUCUGAUGGGCUAGAACUGACACAGUUAUCAAUAAUACUUCUAAGGCUAGCGCAAAGAUACAUUCUUUGGCUGAUGGUUUGAUUUAAUGGCUUUUGGAAAGAUUUCGGGGUUUGGAAAAUAUUUUGAAUGAGGUACAGACUAACAUUCCUAAUGGUUUACAAUAUUGUUCCCCUCGGCAGAUGAUUUCAUCUUUUUUAAAACAUCUUUCGGAACUGCCAUUUUUGUGGCUAAUGUUUGGUGUGGUUGUGGUGGUCAAUGCGAUCGUCCAUCUGGCGUCAUGCUUCUGUCACAUCUCCUGAAGUUCUCCUGGGAUAGGGAUCCAAGCAUUUAAUUUUGGUACUUGGAUGCAGUGAGGACCACCCAGAAUUUUCAAAAAUAAAAAUAAAUGAGCAACAGGUUCAAUAUGUAUUUCACAUACUGGAUAGGUUUUUUCAAAUGUAAGAUUUGUCUGUAUAUAGUAAAGGCUGCAAUGUUUCCAAACUAAAGCAAAUGUGACACAGGGUAAGAUACCAGUCAUAAAACGGAGAUGUUAUAACACCUGAUCUAAGAUAAGGGAUAUAGAAUUUUAUAUAGAUAUAUAAUCAUAUAAUGCUAAUUCUAUUGUAUCCAAAAUGAAACCAUAACUGAAACAGCUGCCAACGUUACAUUUUUAGACCUGUGCACAUUGAAAAAACUUGUUCCAGCGAAACCAUUUUUUUUUUUAAAUAUAAAACAAAUUUCAGGACAGCUUAAUUUCAGCCAUUUGGCAGUUCAGAUCGCCAGAAUUUCGGUUACGAAAACCUAUUCAGAAAACAAAUCUGACAAACAAAAAGGGUGGGAAUAUGGGCCAAUCAAUAUACUGCAAAAUAUACACAUGUUAUACACUGAUAGGUGUAUUUCCUCCUUUUAGUUCACAUAUCAAGUGAGAAAAAACAACCAACAGUGGGAAAAAGAGGAGGGACAGUUGCUCAAUUGUCCAUAUUUAGUGAUUGUCCACUAGCUAUCAAUCAUCUUUUUCCCACCAAUCAUCUCUUUGGCGGCACAGACAGAGUUCUAAAUUACAAAUAAAAACAAAUAUGUUUGACCGUUGCACAUUUUGUUUGAGCUGAAAUGUACCCGAAUAACAAAUUAGAGUUCGUGAAUUUGAGCAAUUAUCAGAUCAGCACAAAUUAUGAUGAAUUUGACAGCCAUUAGAGGCGCUGCCAGCACUGUGCUUGUAAAUUACAAUACUGUACAUUUCUUCUCCAUAUUCAUGUGAUAAUCUGUAUCCAGUUUAGGGGAGGUCCACAGAAGUACGAAGUGACUGGAUGGCUUCAGAUCCAGUCAGUGCGUGUGACAGAUGAAGGAACGUACCGGUGCUUUGCCAAGAACAAAAUUGGGGAAGUAAUGGCAGGAGCUACACUAACAGUUCUUACUCCAGGUAAUGUGGCAAUAUAUUCGGUUUUUAAUAAAUAUGAAAUUUGUUUCCCAUUGCUCUUCAUAGGUGAAGCAACAAGCAGUUUUGCCUCAUUUUUAGUUAAUAGGUAAUGUCAUUAUUUUGUAGACUGAUGGACAUUCAAGUGGCCACCAAUCUUUGCACAAAAGCAAUUAAUGGUCUGCACAAAAUUAUUCUAGAACACAGCUUCACAACGUAUAGUACAUGAACUUGGUACAUCCAUUUGGAUCCAGGGAAUGCUGCAGUCAAUGAAGUUAAAGGGUAACUUCAAAUAUAAUCACUACAUCCACCUAUACCUCUAUCUAUAGUGGUUAAGAUGCUGUUAGUACCCUGAUUUGGUACUUCCGAUAAUGGAGAAAAUUGUUUAGCAAUGGUUUGCUCUCUUACCUGGGUCCCCGCUGGGCUCGAGGCUCCCUGCUGUUUUGGUGAUGCUCUUCUGGCUUCUACAGUGCCAUGGAAGCCAAUUCAAUUGCCAUUCAAUGGCUGAGAACUCUAGGUUCUGACCUGGCUAAUGACACUUUGAUGAUGCUGCCAGAGGUGGACUUAUAACUCCUAUAGCCAAUGGGUUAAACCCGAUAUGUGCAGCAUUUCAAAGCCAAACAUUGUACAUACAAACAACAGGCACCAUUACAACUUUAAAUAAUUGAAGGGAUUAUGGUGCUCAAAGUAACAAUUUAAGGGCAAUUGUCAGGAAGUAUUGCUAAUUUUAGGUCAUUUCAGUGUUUCAGGUCAACUCAUUCCUUCAUCUUUCUGAGGUCAAUAAAAUGACUUCCAUUACAAAAACCAUAUAUCUUCAUCUCAGGAUUUAUAUGAAAACUUGUGAAACAGAAAGUACCUUUCCAGGCUAGAUAUUAUUAUUAUUAUUAUUUUAUAUUGCCAUUGGCAGGAAAUAAUUGUACUAGCUGAACACUAUUUAAGGAAAAAGUUAGACCAUAAAAUAAAGAAAUAGAUAAAGAAGAUGUUUUUCUGACACUUGAGUGUAUCUAUCAGUUAUACAUAUAAAGUUGUGGAACACUAAAAAUAAUCUAAAAAUAUAAGGGGCUUUUAUCCACUAGUCCAGAUAUUUUUUAUCAUCGUUCACUGAUGUGAGCUGGUCUGAGUUCCAAAAAAUGAUAGGUGUAAUUGAUGAAUUGAGUCCUGGUGCAAUUUGCAGCUUUGCUGGCUUUUUUAUUCCAAAAUAUUAAAGAGGGAUUGAGCCAAUAAUGCACAACAUGUAACCUCGAAAGGAGAACAACGUUGAGCAUUACAUAUUGAACAACGUCGAGCAUUACAUGUUGAACAUUUUUAUAAAAAUGUUUUUGUUGUCUUUUUACUUUUCUGUGUUUGGCUUCUUUGUUUGUUUGUUUACUGUAAGAACUUGGGUAAAGUAUUCCACUUAUCAUGAAUCACUGCUUUCUUUUUAAACCUUAGAUCAGCUCAACAUGACCGGUUUGUCCCUACCUAAACCACGGAACCAUUUAUUCGACGACGAAACAGACGGCGAAGAUUCAGACUAUUACUGA